AUGGCUUCACUUGCGGCGGCGUGCCGCAUUUCAUCCCGCCUUGCCAGCGGCCGAGCCGCCCGCGGUACGUGCUUCACCACUUCGUCGCGAUGCCUCGCUGCCCAGAACUUCACCAUGCCGGCCCUCUCCCCCACAAUGACGGAAGGAAACAUCGCCAGCUGGAAGGUUAAAGAGGGCGAUACCUUCAGCGCCGGCGACGUCCUGCUCGAGAUCGAAACCGACAAGGCUACCAUGGAUGUUGAGGCCCAGGAUGAAGGUAUCAUGAUGAAGAUUAUCUCCCAGGAUGGUAGCAAGAGCGUCCAGGUAGGCACUCGAAUUGCCGUUUUGGCCGAUGCCGGAGACGAUAUCAGCGCUCUUGAGCUGCCUGCGGAUGAGCAGCCCCAGCAGUCAGCCCAGAGCACCUCACAGCCCUCAGCUCCUGCGCCGCGGGAAGAGCCAAAGUCUGCUGCGAAGCCCUCUGCAAAGCCAGAAUCCGCUGCCAGCGGAACCUACGAGCACAAUUAUCCUCUGCUUCCCUCAGUCGGCCUUCUUGUACACGAACAUGACAUCAGCAAAGAGGAUCUGAGCAAGAUCAAGGGCACGGGACCCAGCGGACGACUACUAAAGGGCGACGUACUGGCCUUUAUCGGUGCUAUCAACGCCGAUCGCCCCGCCCAGGUGUCUUCGCAUUUCAGCAAGCUGGCCCAUCUGGACUUGAGCAAUAUCAAAGUAGCUGAGAAGAAGGCUCCUGCUCCUAAGGCGUCCGAGGCUGCCUCUAAAGCCCCGAAAGCUGCUCCCAAGGAGGAAAAGGUCCUUGUCCAGCUCCCCAUCUCAUUGGAGAAUGUUGUGCAGCUGCAAAGACGUCUCCAGGAUUCCGCCGACGUUUCCGUCUCAACGGCCACAUUCAUCUCCAAGGCCACAGCAUUUGCAAACAGCCGUCUACCUGCCGUGCCUCAUGCGCCAACUGCCAGUGAGUUGUUCGACGAGGUUCUUGGCCUAGGCAAGGCCAAAGCUACCAAAUUCUCUCAGGGAGCCUAUGUUCCCACCAUCCCCGAUUACUCAUUCACUGCCUCUCGGAGAACCUCUGCCCCCAAGUCCGACAUUAUUGACAUCUUGGCCGGCCCUGCCAAAAAGUCCAGCUCAUCGUCAGCCCAACGGGCUGCCCCCAGGCUCGAUGCUAGACUUGCUGCCGAUGGAUUUCACACCUUCAGCCUGCUGGUUCCCAAGGAAGAAAAGGCCAGGGCCGAGCUGUUCUUAGAGCGAUGCAAGCUCGCCCUGGAGGAAGUGCCCGAGACAUUGAUAUGA